UUUUCUAUGUUUGCUGUCCCGUUUUAAUAUGUAAACACUUUCCUCUCACAGCAACGCAGAAAGUAGUUCAGUUCGAUAUUUCUCCGCGUGAACGGAGACAGAGUUUAUGUCUGUAUAUGGACUACUACCCUGGGUUCCCCACAAAGAUGGCGUUGACACUGCAGCAUCUUGCAUAUGUCGUAUGUUUGCUAUAUUCUUCGACCAGCGAAUUUACACAGAAUGGCAGAGACUUUACACACAACGUAGACUUAGAGCAUGAUGUGACUGGAGAAAAACUUCAAGUGAAAAGUUAUGGACGACUGGCAAAUAUUAUUACUCUGGAUGACACGGAGGGGGUAAAGCGCGUUCUGUGCAAGGGUCCGAACAUCCUAGUAAUCGUAAACCACAGCAGCCUGGCGUCCACCUGGUCUCCUGGUGACAUCGUGAUGGGGAGCAGCAAGUGGGGGUGUUACCUGAGUCCACCCCCACACAGCGUUGCUGGGAUACACCGUAAAAUAGACAGCAUAAAGAUCCGGUCCGACAGAAAAGUAGAACUAUCAACAUCUGUUGCAAAUUUUGUAGAUAUGUUUGAACAUGCGAAGAUAUUCUAUCGGCACGAGCCUGGAAAAGUGACAAAUGACUCACACCAUCGCCAGAAGAGGGCAGGGUUUCUUAAGGACUUGUUGACAAAAAAGUUAACACCAAUCCAUUGGAGUGUUAACGAAAGAGGCGUAGGGAGCAACUUUAAUUAUGACCAGUCAUCAGGAAGGGCUGGUGGACAAUUCAAAGCCAAAGUGAGCCGUGAGAAGGACUUAUCGUUUGAAAGCGGAAGCACGCUUCUUAAUCACGAGCGGUCCCAGGAAUCCCCCGGGAGGAACUGGCAUAUGAAUGGUGAAGUUGCAACUGAACUUAACUGUAUAUCUUGUUAUGCAUAUUUCGACAGUUCAUUUACUUUUGAGCUUGAAAUUGAUAUGGACCCUGCGACCAAAAGAGGCCGUUUGAAACAUUAUUUGCUUCAGUUUGAUGCGGAGGCUAAGGUCAAUUAUGAGUUGGAAUUAAAGGUUAAUGGUGAAGUCUCUGCGGACCUGGAAAUGUUACUGUGGAAGGGGAAGCCCAUUCCUGUCAUCUCUUUCCCUCUCAUACCUCUCCCUCUCGGGGCAACGGUAAAACUGGACGUGUCCGUUAAUGCAGCGUUGUGGUUUGAAGCUAAUUUUGAAGCAAGCUCCGAAUUUUCGUCGACAUUUGGUUUCACGUCAGUUGCGAAAUACACUCUAACACAUUCAAAGGAAAGGGGCUUGGACUCCACUACAGAGUUAAGACCUUUUACGCCGCUUCGAUCUACCGUUAACUUAAAUGGAGAUGCAGAGGGGUAUAUGUCUAUCUAUCCAAAGUUUGAAAUAGACGUUGGCGUAUCCUGGGGCUUUGGCGACCUAUUCAGCAUUGCAUUUACUGCGCCCUUUGAAAUAAGCCUCAAACCUGAACUGAAUCUGCACUUCGACUUUGAGAAUGAGAUGGGUGCACUUGCAACAGGACAUUUUCGUAUCACAGGCGGCUUGAAACUCGUCCUUGCCAAGAAGAAAGCAGUUAGCCUGAGUGUUGUGGCAAUGGGAAGAACAUGGUGGGAACACGCGUUUAACCACGAUACAUUUAAUAAACCCAUACCCUUAGCAAAAGACAAAACCAUUGUAAACAAGAGAGGCAUGGUUUGCUUGGCACAGAGAAAUGGAAGUCGACGUAAACGGAGCACGAAGCCAUGUUCAAUAAGCAAUGAGUACAAGAAAGGGGGUGAGAUAAACGGGCAUUUGCAAAGCAAGUUUUCUGUGCUGCGCGACUUGGUGAAAACCGUCACAAGGAAAGAUUUAGAGGUGGUAGGAAGUGCCGAUAACGGUAACACAGCUGUUCUGAGACUCAGAGGAGCUAGACAGACGGAUAUGCGUUUAAUCAAGAACUGGACAACAUGUGGAGAAAAUUUCUGUGAUUCCAAAAUACUUCCGGACAAUACUUUAGCCAUAAGGAUACCAGAGGAUACGGCGAUCCUGCUCUACCUAAAGCAGCCAAAAACGCAUUGCGCGUUUUCAUUCUCCCAGUGGGCCAGGGGGAUGCCACAGUUAUCCAGUGUCCGAGAAACGGACGUUAUGCUGGGGACAUCAUAUUUAUAG